AUGGUAACUCUUACGAAUGCCGGAAGGCUUGGUUUUGGACCAGAGAUUGGCGCGGUUGCCAGAGCUGACGGUUCUGCUGUUUUUGAAAUGGGCAACACCAAAGUAAUUGCUGCUGUCUAUGGUCCUAGAGAGGUCCAGAACAAGAGCCAACUGAGUAACGACCAGGCAUUGGUGAGGUGUGAGUACACCAUGGCCAAUUUCAGCACCGGUGACCGCAAGCGUAAACCAAAGGGCGAUAGGCGAUCAACAGAGAUAUCUUUAGUCAUCCGCCAGACAAUGGAAGCUUGCAUAUUGACUCACCUAAUGCCCGCUCUCAGAUAG